GUCACGUGGUGGACGCGACGCGCUAGAUGGCUAAAAAUAUCCUCAUAAUCAUUGUUGAUUGAUCCAGCACGUGCCAAUCUAUGCGCACACAUAUAAGUAGGGAUCGCGUUUAGUUUCUGGACUUACGGACAACACCCAUCUUCCCUGUCAAACCUCACUUACUUUCCAAAUGGCUCGUACCAAGCAGACCGCCCGCAAGUCCACUGGAGGCAAAGCCCCCCGUAAACAGCUCGCAUCCAAAGCAGCUCGCAAGACCGCCGCUGUCCCCGCAGGAGGGGUCAAGAAGCCUCAUCGCUUCCGCCCUGGUACCGUUGCCCUGCGUGAAAUCCGUCGCUACCAGAAGUCCACGGAGCUCCUUAUCCGCAAGCUCCCCUUCCAACGUCUCGUACGUGAGAUUGCACAGGAUUUCAAGACCGACCUCCGCUUCCAAUCCUCUGCCGUCAUGGCACUUCAAGAAGCCGCUGAGGCUUACCUCGUCUCGUUGUUCGAAGAUACCAAUCUCGCCGCUAUCCACGCCAAGCGUGUCACUAUCCAACCUAAAGACCUUGCGCUUGCUAGGCGUCUCCGGGGAGAGCGAUCAUAAGUUAUUGACUGAGUAACACUUGGAGUAAUAAGUAUAGCGCGUUGUAUUAGUGUUUUAAUGGAGUUCUGUACGAAUGAUACCUUCUGUCUUCCGAGUUUAUUUUAAUUUUAUCUCGGACACCCGUCAGCAACAU